UCUCUCUCUCUCUUUCCCUCCCUCCUUCCUCGCUUCCUCCUCGGAAUCAAAACUAUCAAAACAACCCCGUAAACCACCGUCAAAAGGGUCGGUGCCUCGUGCACCCAUUCCCUCCUCCUCCUCGAUGGGGAAAAGCUCGGCGUCCCCCUCGCCGUCCUCGUCACCAUUGCCAGCAUUGGACAUAGAGAAGGGCACCAAGAUGCCACGUCCAGCCCAUCACCAUUUUCCUCCACCACCGCCUCCGAAGCAGUGGUUCUCCUGGCUCGUUCCGCUCAUCUUCUUGGUCAACGUUGGGCUCUUCGUGUACACGAUGUACGUCAACAACUGCCCCAGCAAGGAGCCUAAGGGUUGCAUCUUGUACCCUCUGCUAGGGAGGUUCUCUUUUCAGCCAUUGAAAGAGAACCGUUUCUUAGGCCCCUCCCUCAUCACGCUGGAAAAACUUGGAGGCCUUGAGCGAAAACUUGUGGUAGAGGAUGCUCAAGGAUGGCGAAUGAUAUCCUGCAUAUGGCUUCAUGCGGGAGUCUUACAUUUGGCUACUAACAUGUUGAGCCUCAUCGUUGUUGGCAUAGGACUCGAGCAAGAGUUUGGAUUUUUGAAAAUUGGAGCUUUAUAUGUGCUCUCUGGCUUUGGGGGAAGCUUGUUAUCUACACUUACCAUCAGUGAUGGCUUGAAAAUAUCGGUGGGGGCAUCCGGUGCUCUUUUUGGACUGUUGGGAGCUAUGCUUUCUGAGCUGAUCACGAACUGGACCAUUUAUGCGAAUAAGUGCACAGCUCUUUUCACUCUAGUGAUCGUUGUCGUCAUAAAUCUGGCCAUUGGGCUUCUCAUACCUCACGUGGAUAACUCAGCCCACAUUGGAGGGUUCAUCUCCGGGUUCCUUCUCGGGUUUGUUCUCUUAAUCCGUCCCCAGUUUGGGUACGUAAGCAGGAGGUACAUCCCUGAUGGAUACGACGUGAAGCACAAAAAGUCCAAGCAUAAGAGCUACCAAUAUUGUUUAUGGGUCACCGCUCUAAUCCUCCUAGUUGCAGGAUAUGCUUCAGGAAUGGCUAAACUGUUUAACGGCCAGCAUCUGAAGAACAUACCGUUCUAGAGAACUGAUGAUGCUGUUGUUUCGAUCCCAUCGCCUCUUCUUUGAGCAAUAGCAGGUACCCAGACUAGCUUCCCUCGCAUUUCUAACUAUGCCAUAGCUGAAUUAAUGUCUAUGGCAUCAUCGAUUGCUGAAGGGAGGCAACAUGCCAACGAACAUUGCGGGAGUUUGAGAUGCUUGAAUAUAUGCAUCAAUGGAUCUUGAAACGCCAAUCUAUAUGUAAUGCUAAUACGGUGGUAUCUGAAUGAAUAUCUGGUUGUGCUCAUCGCUUGGGGCGACGAGAGUGAAACAAUUGCAUCUCUUGCUUCUGUAGAACAUGUUACUGUAUCUCAUCCAACUUUUAUGU